UGGAGUCAAUUGUGUACAUAAAAUGUACAGUAUGCCCCACUGCAUGCCUCCCCACGACCCUUAUAAAACCCUCAAUUCCCACACAUUUCCCCCAAUCACGUUCUACUUUUCAACCUCACUUAAUCACUGUUUGUUUGAUUCACGGUAAAUUUUGGCUGCCAUAUUGGUUAACACACUCGGGAAAACACCAAUCAAAAUAUGGUUGAAGCAGAGGGAUCUCAUCAAAAGUACCCGACACUGCCACAGGUGAUGGAAGAGGUAAAGAGAAUAACUGAUAUUGGCUUCCCAGUAUUAGCAAUGAGCUUGGUGGGUUAUUUGAAGAACAUGGUCUUAGUGGUGUGCAUGGGCAGACUAGGUAGCUUAGAGCUUGCUGGUGGGGCACUGGCUAUUGGGUUCACAAAUAUCAGUGGCUACUCGGUCUUAUCUGGUCUAGCCACUGGCAUGGAAUCCCUUUGUGGCCAAGCUUUUGGUUCAAGGAACUUGUUAGUGGCAUCUCUGACUUUGCAAAGAACAAUUGUUAUGUUACUAUUUGCUUCAAUACCUAUUGGCUUGAUAUGGUUUAACCUUGAGCCUAUCAUGCUUAGCCUCAAUCAAGACCCUGAAAUAACCAAAGUUGCCAGCCUUUAUUGCCAGUUUGCGAUACCGGACCUUAUAGCCAACAGCCUUCUUCACCCUUUACGUAUUUACUUGCGGAGUAAAGGAACAAGUUGGCCUUUAAUGUGGUCUGCUUUUGUUUCGACCGUUUUUCAUCUCCCAAUCACGAUCGGUUUAACCUUCGGUUUACGAUUAGGUGUCCCUGGGAUUGCCAUUUCCACCUUCAUCACCAAUUUCAACACUCUUUUCUUCCUACUUUGUUGCAUGUUCUAUACUCGAACCACUUUGGUGGACCCGGAGGAUUCGAUACAAACACCAUUGUCUCCACCUCCGUUACCGUCUCUAUCUUCAACAGCUCUAAUGGGCCAGAAGGAAUGGGGAGUUCUACUUCGAUUGGCAAUACCGAGCUGCAUUGCUGUUUGCUUAGAGUGGUGGUGGUACGAAUUCAUGACGAUCCUGGCCGGGAACUUAUCCGAACCCCGAGUGGCUCUCGCAACAUCGGCUAUCGUGAUACAAACAACUUCUCUGAUGUACACAUUGCCAACGGCACUCAGUGCAUCAGCCUCGACCCGAGUCGGCAACGAGCUAGGAGCAGGGAGGCCAACCAGGGCAAAAUUGGCUGCUAUAGUAGCCAUAGGCCUAUCCUUAGUGACCUCAUUUUUUGGACUAAUAGGGACCAUAGUGGGAAGACAAGCAUGGGGAAGAGUUUUCACAAAGGAUAAUGAGGUUAUUGAGCUAACCAUGAUUGUAUUACCCAUUAUUGGACUAUGUGAGCUAGCCAAUUGUCCACAAACCACAAGUUGUGGGAUCCUAAGAGGGAGUGCUAGGCCAGGGAUUGGUGCAACCAUAAAUUUUUACUCCUUUUACAUGGUGGGUGCACCAUUGGCUAUAGUACUAGGCUUUGUAUGGGGAGUAGGGUUCGUGGGGCUCUGUUAUGGGCUAUUAGCAGCUCAGGUUGCAUGUGUGGUCUCCAUGUUAACAGUGAUUUUCAAGACAGAUUGGGAGAAAGAAUCAUUGAAGGCAAAUGACUUGGUGGGCAGCAAAAGUGACCAUUUUGCACAUGGAGACCAAACCCUAACCAUCAAAAGUGAAGAAGGGGUUGUUCCAUUUCUCAAAGAUUUGGAUUCUCAAAAAUGAGCAAAAAUGUUAUAUUUAAAAGAAAAAAAACAUUAAAAUACGUCCAUUUAAUAGGACAAAUUCAAACUACACUUUUUGCCUUCA